AUGUGCCCGAGAGUCUCGGAGGUAGGCACAGGUCAGGCCGGACGGACAAAAGUUAUGAUCAAGCUGCAGGAUUUCGUCGCGUGCUUGAGGUCUUUAUCGGCCAUAAACUGGGCUUGUGAGUUGGGAAAUGGGAAAAGUUGGACGGGUGAUUUGCUUCUGCCCGCUAACAGGGCGGCCCCUCUUCCUGUCUGUAUCUGUGUACAUGUGGUCGGCCCUGUCUGUGCCUGUGUCCGAGGUAGGGAGGACGCGAACUCGACCCAGGGGGAGACGACCGGAGGUGUGUGUGUGUGUGUGUGUGAAUGUCCAUUAGUGAUUAGCGCUGAGAUUGGUCGGCGCUUGACUGCAAUUCCACUCCUCCCAAAGGGAUAUUUUCGAGUAAUGUCCUAA